ACCCGUUUAUUACUCGAUCACUUUCUUAAUUGAAGAUCCCACGUCUCCGUGUCUUCUGGAAGAAUUCAUAUCAUGGCCACCGGCUACACUAAGCUAGCUCAGUUUAUUGCUGACCAACAAUAUGCUAUCAUCAGAAAGUUUCAGCACCUCGCAGCUCGCGACCUCCUCUAUCUUCAGGCAGAGCUUGUCCAGCUUGAAAUCGAGUACAGCGACGCUGCCCAACUAGACCGCGAGUGUGACGACGAGAGGAAGUUUUAUGAUCGAGAAUGGUGGCAUCUCAGCAACUCUAAACGUCGUGGAUUCAAAGGAGAGCAGUGGGACUUGGCUUUAAAAAUUAGAGCAAAACUCCGUGAAUACUACCAGUCAGCAGAGCAGUAUAGCCGCGUUACAGCGGUGCCACGACCAAAAAAAUCAGACCUUGACCUUCUACGCACAUGGAUACUCAGCCCCGACCUUGGUGGUGGCUGUAGACUUCUAGGGAAGGAUCUUUCGGGCGCUGAUAGGCUCUCAGUCUACGAAGAUGUCUAUCAAGAUGACCUCAUGCAUCUUAUUGGCAACCGUGGUGAGAAUGAUAUCCUCACUCGGCUACUAUCGGGGCCGGUUCUGAAGGCGUUCCACUACUUCGUCGGGCGGUUUUUAAAGAAGCCCAAGCCUCUCGAUGAAGAAAGCCCCGCAACGCAGCCCUGUGGCCCAAGUGGCUUGCACCAUUACUCUGACCAGCAUGUGCUGACUGUUGUGGAUGCCAUUGGUACCGUGGUAUCCUCACUGGCCCCUUUGGUCGCUGUAAUAAGUCUGUCAUUCGUCACACGUAUGCAGGCAAGACUUGGACUUGUCUGUUUGUUUACUGUCAUAUUCUCAGCAACUUUGGCGGUUGCAACCAAAGCUAGGCGGAUUGAGAUAUUUGCUGCUACAGCUGCCUUCGCGAGUGUUCUGGUUGUCUUUGUAGGGAGCACCAACUUGACAAGGGUGUGA